UUUUUGGAAACACUGGAAUAGUGCAGAAAGCGAUCGAAAUUGGCGCCCCUUUUUUCCUUCGCCCUCACAAACUGGUUGACAAGUACAAAGUUCGCCACCAAUCAGAAUCACCCAAAUAAAAGCGGCAAAGGAAGAUCUUCAUCGUUCUUAUCCAUUCCCCACCAUUGCCAUGUCAUUGCGUCGGCGAACCUUGCUCAAGGUCAUCGUCCUCGGCGAUAGCGGGGUGGGAAAGACGUCGUUGAUGAAUCAAUACGUGCACAAGAAGUUCAGUCUGCAAUAUAAAGCUACCAUUGGUGCUGAUUUUGUCACAAAAGAACUCCAGAUUGAUGAUAAACUCGUCACAUUACAGAUAUGGGAUACUGCUGGCCAAGAAAGAUUCCAGAGUCUUGGAGUUGCAUUCUAUAGAGGGGCAGAUUGCUGUGUCCUAGUCUAUGAUGUUAACGUCAUGAAGUCUUUUGAUACCCUUGACAAUUGGCACGAUGAGUUUCUCAAACAGGCAAACCCUCCUGAUCCAAGGACAUUUCCAUUCAUAUUGCUCGGAAACAAGGUUGACAUUGAUGGUGGGAACAGUCGAGUGGUUUCCGAGAAGAAAGCACAGGACUGGUGUGCUUCAAAAGGGAAUAUUCCCUACUUUGAGACAUCUGCCAAAGAGGAUUACAAUGUUGAUGAGGCAUUCCUUUGUAUUGCCAAGACUGCUCUAGCUAAUGAGAAUGAUCAAGACAUAUAUUUUCAAGGGAUUCCUGAGGCUGUUCCUGAGAAUGAGCAAAGGGGUGGCUGCGCAUGUUGAUAUGGAAUUGCCUAUGAUUUCACUGCUUCAUCUUCGAAGCUGUGGCCCAAAAUUUUCAAAUUCCUUUUGUCCCCAAGUGAUUCCCCCCCCUUGUGAGCACUUUUGUAUGCUAUGCUAAUGCUUGUUAAUUUUGCUUUCAUCUUUAUUUUAUUUAUUUAUUUAUUUUCCUGGGAAGGUUAAAUGCAGUCCUGUUUUAGUAAGGAAAGCAUUUUUAAUUGAUUUACCAGGGUGUUGUUCUUUGAGGCUUGAGAGAGAAUUUCAAAUCUUUACUUUUACGCUUGAAUAGUUUCCAUUUCUAUGCGAAUGGAGAUUGCUAGGCAUAAUUGU